AUGUGCCACUGGCGUGAGAGUAUAACUGAGGCAGCGAGCCAGGAGGUCGUGCAGCAAGCUCUUGCCGAACAUGUAGAUUCCAACCAGGCCGCAUUCCGUCUCUGGUCUUCACAGCACAAGAGCACUCGCCAGGCACAGAACCAGGCUGCUGUUUCACAAGCUUUGGCGGAGCAUGCUGCUUCGGAGGCAGGCACAUGGGUUCCGACAAGUGUGGCAGAAUCAGAACAUAUCUGCACUUCAGCUGGCAAGGAGCCACAUCCUCCAGCCAGCACAGCGACUCCUGAAGCUGCCACUGCAGAACAGUCAGCACAGGACAACGCAGCAGCGCCGGCGCCCGUGGCCGAGAGUGAACGAGCGGUUGCUCAGGCGCUGGCUGACCAUGCACAAGGCGUCCAAACUGGAAGCCAGGACAACUCGGCCCCGGCAGAAGCCAUGACGCAGCCAGCAGAUGCGUCGGCCGGCGUUCCACAAGAUGUUGCGCCAAGCCAUCCGGGGGAUGCUCCUGCUGCUGUUCCGCCGGACGCUCCGCCUCGUGGUGAUGAAGCAGAGGACAGCGCCGAACAGCUGCUCAAGGAUGUGCGGGAUGACAUGGGAGAGCCAUCUCGGGAUCAAGAUGACAUGCAAUACAUGCAUCAUGUCCAAUCUCUGGAUUCUUUCCAGAGCGCAUCCCCCAAGACAAUGAACAGGAGUGUGAGAAGUUCGCCUGGUUUCACCUCGCACUCUUCGGAAGAUCUCAAGAGCAAGCUGCAGUUCUCUAGUAUGACCACAGAUGGGGUCAAGAAGGGUCCGACCUUCAUGCACACAGUUUCCAACUUCAAAACAGGGGCUAGGUGGACCUUCGGGCAAAAAGGGCCGAGCACGUUCAUUGCCAGUAGCAGCACCCCGGCUCCGGGGUCCUACAACAUGAACCAUGGUCAAGGAGGAGGAAGAUACAAGUCGCUGCCAAAGUUCAGCUUUGGUGGAGCCACUCGGUUUGCCGCCGGUGAGGCGCCUUCAAAAAAGCAGCCGGGACCUGGAGCGUACAACCCAAGAGACCCUCUGCUCACGGCAGGUCCAAAGGUGAGCUUUGCAGGUGCCAAUGCUGGGCGCGGCCCUCCCCUGCCCGAGAAUGCUCCUGGACCCGGAGCAUAUGAGCAGAGAAGCAAUCUGGGAAAGUCGAAGAUGUUUACUGCUCGCGGGCGUCAGGCAAGUUCGUACAUGAGGAGCCGGUCACAGCCAGGUCCUGGAGCUUAUGAUCCAAAAGUGGGUGCAGUGCUUAUGGGAAUACCAAAGUGCGGCUUUGGCACUUCGAUACGCAAUGACAUUACAGGGGCGGCAAGAAGCCUGAUGCUACCUGGACCUGGAGCGUACGACAUGCAAAGCGCAAUGUCGGUCGGCAAGAACGGGCCCAAGUACUCUGCGGCCUCCAGGCGUCGGGUCCACGACUUGGACAGCUACGUCACUCCUGGCCCUGGAACCUACAACGCGCACACGACGUCCUUCGUGUACUGA